CAAUGGACUAACUGUAGUACCUGAUGAGGACAGUGUUGGACUAGCUGUAGUACCUGGUGAGGACAGUGUUGUACUAACUAUAGUAGCUGGUGACGAUGGUAAUGGACUAAUUGUAGUUCCCGGUGAGGACAGUGUUGUACUAACUGUAGUACCUGGUGAGGACGGUAAUGAACUAACUGUAGUACCUGGUGAGGACAGUGUUGGACUAGCUGUAGUGCCUGGUGGGGACAGUGUUGUGCUAAUUGUUGUACCUGGUGAGGACAGUGUUGGACUAACUGUAGUACCUGGUGAGGACAGUAUUGUACUAACUGUAGUACCUGGUGAGGACGGUAAUGGACUAACUGUAGUACCUGGUGAGGACAGUGUUGGACUAACUGUAGUACCUGGUGGGGAUGGUAAUGGACUAAUUGUAGUACCUGGUGAGGACAGUGUUGGACUAACUGUAGUACCUGGUGAGGACAGUGUUGGCCUAACUGUAGUACCUGGUGGGGAUGGUAAUGGACUAAUUGCAGUACCUGGUGGGAGCAGUGUUGUACUAACUGUAGUACCUGGUGAGGACAGUGUUGUACUAACUGUAGUACCUGGUGGGGACAGUGUUGUACUAACUGUAGUACCUGGUGAGACAGUGUUGUACUAACUGUAGUACCUGGUGAGGACAGUGUUGUACUAACUGUAGUACCUGGUGGGGAUGGUAAUGGACUAAUUGUAGUACCUGGUGGGGGCAGUGUUGUACUAACUGUAGUACCUGGUGGCGACAGUGUUGUAUUAACUGUAGUACCUGGUGAGGACGGCAAUGGACUAACUGUAGUAGCUGGUGGAGACAGUGUUAGACUAGCUGUAGUACCUGGUGAGGACAGUGUUGGACUAACUAUAGUACCUGGUGGGGACGGUAAUUGACUAACUGUAGUUCCUGGUGAGGACAGUGUUGGACUAACUAUAGUACCUGGUGGGGACGGUAAUGGAGUAACUGUAGUACCUGGUGAGGACGGUAAUGGACUAACUGCAGUAGCUGGUGGAGACAGUGUUAGACUAACUGUAGUACCUGGUGAGGACAGUGUUGGACUAACUGUAGUACCGGGUGAGGACAGUAUUGGACGAACUGUAGUACCUGGUGGGGACGGUAAUGGACUAACUGUAGUACCUGAUGAGGACAGUGUUGGACUAACUGUAGUACCUGGUGAGGACAGUGUUGGACUAACUGUAGUACCCGGUGAGGACGGUAAUGGACUAACUGUAGUAACAAGAGAGGACAGUGUUGGACUAACUGUAGUACCUGGUGGGGACGGUAAUGGACUAACUGUAGUACCUGGUGAGAACAGUGUUGGACUAACUGUAGUACUUGGUGAGGAUAGUGCUGAACUAACUGCAGUACCUGGUGGGGAAGGUAAUGGACUAACUGUAGUACCUGGUGAGGACGGUAAUGCACUAACUGUAGUACCUGUUGGGGACAGUGUUGGACUAACUGUAGUACCUGGUGAGGACAGUGUUAGACUAACUAUAGUACCGGUGUAUAGUUACGGUGGGGAUGGUAAUGGACUGAUUGUAGUACCUGGUGGGGCCAGUGUUGUACUAACUGUAGUUUCUGUAGUGGAUGUGGUUGGACCAACUAAAACAAAUAUAAUCAGAGAUAAGUGGUAA